UUAAAAAAGAAAAGAAAUGGUUUUAUGAUCCGAUCCCUUCUCAAUCUCACGGAGGGGAAAAGAUUCCUCCAAUUCAAAUCUCUGUCUGUGUCUCUGUCUCUCAACUUUCAAUUUCUGAGAGAGUCGGAAAUAUUCUCCAGAUCGCCUAAGGCAAAUUCGUUUUCCGAUUCGGCCUAGCGACGGCGAGAGAGGAGAGGAAGAGGCAAGUUGAUUGACCGGAGAAGAAGACGAAGCCGUUCUUGGAGAAAAUGAUAACGAUUCCUUAUUUAACCGCUGUAUCCACCUACUUCAGCUAUGGAUUGCUCUUUGCUUUUGGUCAGCUCCGAGAUUUCUUCCGUCGCUUCAUUGAUUGGUGGUUCACUAGCAAUCUCCAGGGAUACGCGCCGAUCUGUUUGGGGCAUGAGGAUUUCUAUAUCAGGCGAUUGUAUCAUCGGAUUCAGGAUUGUUUUGAACGACCUAUAUCGAGUGCACCUGAUGCUUGGUUUGAUGUGGUUGAGCGCUACUCUAAUGACAACAACAAGACGCUUAAGCGAACAACAAAAACUAGCAGGUGCCUCAAUUUGGGGUCCUACAAUUAUCUUGGGUUUGGUUCUUUUGAUGAAUAUUGCACGCCUCGUGUUAUUGAGUCCUUGAAGAAAUUUUCAGCAAGUACAUGUAGCUCUCGUGUUGAUGCAGGAACUACAUCCGUGCAUGCAGAACUUGAGGAAUGUGUUACUAGGUUUGUGGGAAAGCCUGCUGCUGUUGUUUUUGGCAUGGGCUAUGCAACAAAUUCGGCUAUCAUUCCAGUCUUGAUUGGAAAGGGAGGGUUGAUAAUAAGUGAUUCUUUGAACCAUAGUUCUAUUGUCAAUGGUGCUCGAGGUUCUGGAGCCACUAUCCGUGUUUUCCAGCAUAACACGCCUUCCCAUUUGGAACGAGUUUUGAGAGAACAAAUUGCAGAAGGUCAACCUAGGACACAUCGACCAUGGAAGAAAAUUAUUGUUGUUGUUGAAGGUAUUUACAGCAUGGAAGGGGAGAUUUGUCAUCUACCGGAAGUUGUGGCCAUAUGCAAGAAGUAUAAGGCAUAUGUUUAUUUGGAUGAAGCUCACAGCAUUGGGGCAAUUGGUAAAACAGGAAAGGGUAUUUGUGAACUCCUGGGAGUUGACACAGCUGAUGUGGACGUAAUGAUGGGAACCUUCACAAAAUCUUUUGGGUCUUGUGGUGGCUAUAUUGCUGGAUCUAAGGAGCUCAUCCAAUAUUUGAAGCAUCAAUGCCCAGCUCAUCUUUACGCAACAUCCAUACCAACUCCUUCCGCACAACAAAUUAUAUCUGCCAUUAAAGUUAUUCUGGGAGAGGAUGGUUCAAAUCGAGGGGCACAAAAGCUAGCAAGAAUACGUGAGAACAGCAACUUUUUCCGGGCUGAGCUGCAGAAGAUGGGAUUUGAGGUACUUGGAGACAAUGAUUCCCCAGUCAUGCCUAUAAUGCUUUACAACCCAGCAAAAAUCCCAGCUUUCUCAAGAGAAUGUCUGCGACAAAAAGUGGCAGUGGUGGUCGUGGGUUUCCCAGCUACACCUCUACUGCUGGCUAGGGCACGUAUUUGCAUCUCCGCAUCUCAUUCAAGAGAAGAUCUUAUAAGAGCCCUCAAGGUUAUAAGCAAAGUAGGUGACCUUAGCGGAAUCAAAUAUUUCCCGGCAGAGCCGAAGAAAAUAGAACAGUCGAAAAACGACAUCAAGCUGGAUUGAAGAAUUAACCAAUGAAAUAGAGAUGCAUCCAGGAAAACGCAAGCAAAUGCUGUGUUAUGUGUUAACUUCUCCAUAUCUCUCUGAUGUGACACAAAUCUGAUUUCUCAGGGGUCCAGCCAUUUCCUCUCUAAGUAAAACACAAACCCAGAGUUAGUCCACCUUUCCUCAAGUCUUGUUUACCAUGGUGCUACUGCAUUUAUGUGAUUCUUCAUCCAUGUUUUUCCAAGAGUUUAAAUGUAUAGUAAUAUCGUUGAAUGAUGUCAGAGUUCUUUUAUUACUCCGGACAACAACUGUUUUCUAUGUUUGGAUUAUUUGUAUCAAAAGGUUUUGGAUAAAUUGGUCAAUUAAGUUCCC